UCGACCCGACUCCCGAGUCCACCAUCAUUAUCUGUUCCUCUUGUUGACCGUUUUACACCCAUCCUCUCCAUCUCCAUCUUCUUCCCUCCCACUGACCCUCCAGCUUAUCCACCAACCAACCAACCAACCAACGAACAACGACUCAGCAAGAAUUCAGAAUACAAAGAAUAACAUACCAACAACAUGCAAGCUAGCGUCGGACUCGAACUCAUCAGCUCAACCUGGGCUCAUUCCAUCCACAAUCACAAAUCUUCUAUCAGCUCACAGCCAACCCUGACCGAUGAUGACCACAACCAAUCAUCAUCAUCAUCAUCAUCCCUAUCCGAUCUAGAAGACGAAUCAGAACCUCCAGUCGAAUAUUCUGCCGCCCCGGUGCAUGCCGAGGGCGUACCCCAAUCUAAUACCAAACUAUCUGCAAAGAAAUAUCGUACCCCUGAAUUUGGUGACAGUCUAUUCGAGCUCCUGCGCUCUCAACUCAAGCUGCCCGGAUGGUCAAACCUCUCUGAUCAAUACAAGUCAUCAAUCACAAUCUCCAAAGUCAGCGGAAGUCUCACCAACGCCGUCUUCUUCGUCUCCUGUACAUACAACUCAAGCAGUCAACCAGCUAUCCAACUACCCGACCAAGAAUCGCCACCCACUGUGCUCUUACGAAUCUAUGGUCCAUCUUCGGGCACAUUGAUCUCUCGCAAGGAAGAAUUGCAUCUUUUACAUACCUUAUCCGCUAAAUAUGGAAUCGGGCCCUUGUUACUCGGCACAUCCCUUGCAUACACCUGGGUUUGGAAUAAUAUCACUCGUUGGCAACAUGAAGCUACCAAGGUGUUUGUCGAUAUCGCUAAAGCGCUCGAGAAACUUGGAAUCCAACCAACCAGCAACCCAUCCCUUCCAGCGACAGACGGAGAAGAUCCCCUCGAACGAUUCAGAGCAACUCCCUUCCCUCUAUCAUCCCCUCAGGCUCUGGCUGAGCUCGUCAAGAUUGUCGACUUACCUCGUCUCAUCCUUGAAAUGAAAUCCUACCGAGCCUGGAUCUAUAAUCACGAGAGAAUUCAUGGUAAAAGUCCUAGAAUCUUUAGUCACAAUGAUACCCAGUGUGGGAAUCUGUUGCUACGUCAAGACGACGAUCCUCUGUUGAGGGAACAACCUCAAGACCAGAUCAUGGUCAUAGAUUUUGAAUAUGCCUCGGCAAAUCCGCGGGGUUUUGAUAUAGCAAAUCAUUUUCAUGAGUGGUGUGCAGAUUACCAUCACCCCACGCACUCCUAUUCCCUUACAAGACAUGGGAAUUAUCCCACGUAUCUUGAACGAAAGAGGUUCUAUCGAGCAUACCUUGGAAUCGAUUGUGAAUACAGUAAAACCAAUUCAGCGAUUGAGAAAGAACAGAGCGAUCCGAAGGCCAACUCGUACAUCAAAAGAUUCAAAGACUGUGAAAUCAGCGACUUCAAUUUGGACGAGCCGAGCGAUUUAGCCACCCCAAAGGAUACUAAUCGUGUGCCCGGGACGAACGCUGGACAAGGAGUAGUAGCCGAGAAAGAGGAUGGGGAGGAAGACGGGCGAGUGAUGAGUUUGGAGCAAGACGUCAACCUUUGGAGUCCAGCCUCGCAUGCAAUGUGGGCUCUCUGGGGUCUAGUCCAGGCUAGAGACGACUUGAAAGUCCAGCUCGAUCGUUGGCUCACCGCUCCUACUCCCUCCCUCUCUAGCAACUCUAUGGACGAAUUCGAGUUCGACUAUUUUUCCUACUCGGCUGAACGAAUCAUCCUUUUUCGUAGAUUACUCGCCGAACUAAACGUCCCUCUCGUUUUGUGA